CCUCUCUCUCUCUCUCCCUCUCUCUCUCUCCCCCCCUCUCUCUCUCUCUCUCUCUCUCUCUGGUUGGAGAGCACAAGAGGUUUGUUUGGCUCUAACUCCAUCACUCCAUCAUGCACAUAUAAUAUGUUCACAUUAUUCCCACUUUAAAUGAUUUUGAUGAUCACAUUAAAGAUUCAUUAGGCCACAUGGUUUGUGAGUCCCUUGUCACUAAACUUGUACCAAAUGUUAAAUAAAUACAUCACUAAUGUGAAUGUGACUGGCCUCCAGAAAACAGAAGUACCUAUAUUCAAGAAUAUGUGUCUAACAUAACUCUGUUUUUCAUGAAAAAAAGAAAAAAAAAGAAAAUCUGGUGAUCUCCACAGAAGAUGGGGGAGAUGUCAAACAACCAGCUGGGAGUGAUGGGUGCACUGUUUCUCUCCGUCGCGUCGUCGGUGUCCAUUGUCAUCUGCAACAAGGCCCUGAUGAGCAAUCUUGGCUUCCAAUUUGCCACAACACUCACCAGUUGGCACCUGAUGGUAACAUACUGCACCCUCCACGUCGCGUUGCGCCUGAAUUUCUUCGAGAACAAGACAAUCGACACGAAGACAGUGGUGCUCUUUGGCAUCCUGAAUGGUGUCUCCAUUGGCUUCCUCAACCUCAGCUUGGGAUUCAACUCCAUUGGCUUCUAUCAGAUGACAAAACUUGCAAUCAUUCCUUUCACAGUCCUCUUGGAAACUCUGUUCCUCAAGAAGCAAUUCAGUGACAAGAUCAAGAUCUCUUUGUCAAUACUACUAGCUGGAGUUGGCAUUGCAUCUGUCACAGAUCUUCAGCUAAACAUGGUUGGAACCAUUCUGUCACUCAUAGCCAUCCUAACAACUUGCAUAGGCCAGAUUCUGACAAACACAAUACAGAAGAGGCUGAAUGUGUCAUCAACACAGCUUCUGUAUCAGUCAUCGCCAUUCCAAGCAGCCAUUCUGUUCGUGUCGGGGCCCCUGCUGGACCAGUGCCUGACGAAGCAGAACGUGUUCGCCUACACGUACUCACCCGUUGUCAUGGUGUUCAUACUGCUGUCAUGCUUGAUUGCUGUGUUUGUGAACUUCAGCACAUUCUUGGUGAUAGGGAAGACAUCUCCUGUUACAUACCAAGUGUUGGGGCAUCUUAAGACAUGCCUUGUUCUUGCAUUUGGGUACACUCUCUUGCAUGAUCCUUUCACUGCAAGGAACAUCCUUGGCAUACUUGUUGCUAUGCUUGGCAUGGGAUUGUAUUCUUACUUCUGCACUCUUGAAUCCAAGAAGAAGCUCUCCCCUUCUCUCUCCUCCCUCCAGGUUAAAGAGAGGGAAACUGCGCCGCUGUUAGUGAGCCAUCAAGACAAAGAGUCUAAAAACUCAAUUGUUUAAAAUAGAGGCCCAUGUCUAUUUUUGGUUAAUCAAACUUCUUUAUUUUAUUUUAUUUUACUUUAUCUUCUUUUUUAGGUUAAACAUUUUGAUUAUUUUUUAUUAAUAAAAUUUCAUGGGUAACGUUCAAUCAA